UUUACUAACUUGCGGCACGACCGCCACAACGCACCGGCUCCGCCGCCAGUGCCGCCUCGCGUACUUAGCUGCUCGCACGCGCCUCUCCCUUCGCUCUAUCGUACAAAAAUAAACUUUGGAUCGCACUAAAAUGUUCAGAAUCAGCUGUUUCGAGUAGAGUUUUGACUACUUCGGACAGGAAGAAGUUACAAACGUGAAAUUCCGAGUGUUUGUAUCUGUGCAAAAUGAAUGAAACAGUGUAUUCUAAUGACACUUGGCAGUGGUACGCGGAGGCUGUCAGGUCCUGGCUGGAGGACCCGAGUGAGGAGGAGCAUGAGGGUCUUAACAUGACGGCCCUGGCGAUGGACCAAGCGUACGUGGUCGGGCUAGCUGACCGGAAUGUUUCUGUCUACUCUGUGUCUGAUGAUUGUUUUCGAUGCCCCUUCGAGCUGCAGAAGUCCCUCGCAGAAGGGACCGAGGAGUCGUGGAUCACGAGCACAGCACGCCGCGCCACCUGGCGGGUCUACGCCGACUCUACAGAACAGUACAUUAGCGCUAGGAAUACAUC